GUAAUUUUUCCUUGAAUUAAUUUAUUUUUUUCAUCCUUGUCACUGCAUAUUUUUUUAACCUCGCGCUCCUAGUAGCCGCCCAGCGGCCUCUGCUGCUCUGCACGUGAUUGUUCAGUGUGUGCGUCGAACGGUGCCAAAGUAUUUCUUUCAACAGAGGGUUUUUGAUUUUAGGGAGAGAUGCCUUCAAAGGUUAAGAAGCACCCAAAGACAGCAUCAAGGCUGUCGAAUGCUGAACAUUCUCAAUCUCCUAGAACACCAUCAUUGAUAUCUUCUUGUGAUGAUUUAUUAGAAGUUAGUGAGCAAGAUGUUGCCAUCUCUUUACAAGAAGCAUCAAACAGAUAUCCUUCCAUGAUUGGUAAUUCUGCUUUUAUCGGUCGACUCACUGAUGUUGACCCUCAUUCUAAAGGUUGCAAAAUUUGGCUGUCCGAAUCUUCCAUGGUUGCUUCUUCAAUUUCCCCUGGCUCUAUUGUAUCGGUUUCUCUUGCUGCAUCAGGACGUAGAGUUUCAAAUCCUCUCAUCUCAAUACCGGGAGAAUUUGCUAGGCAGUUUGAGGUUGAGAAUCUGGAUGAAACAACAAAUGAAGUGGGGAACUACUUUGCUUUUGCUACGGUGUUUCCUUCUUGUAAGGCUUUGAAGGAUGGGGUGCGGUUCUCUUCAAGCCUUUCAUACACAAUGGGAUGUCCUGCUUCAGGACGGCUUGUAUUUGUUUACCCUGUACAAAAUCAACUUCUAAGUGGGCUUGUAAAUGGAGACAGUAAACCAAAUGAUAAAAAAAUUGAUAGUCUCUCAUCUCACAACUUCUAUGAAUUGCACUUAGAGCUGGUUCCUGUUAAGGAUAGGGUCAAACAGAGCAGUGAUGUGAUUUCUAAAAUGAAUUCUGCUGAAAAAACACAUGGACAAUCUGAAAAUGGGAAGAAUUCAUCUCCCAGGACACCAUUGUGUCAGCCAAAGCUAAGUUCUAGUAGUCCUAGCCUGUCAGCUUCAUCAAGAUGUGAAGAAGCAAUGUCCAAUUUAUCUAACCGCCGUCAGACUCAUGUUGAUUCAUUUGAUAUCAAAGAGGUCCUAAAGGAUGAAAGUGUGAAACAACUUCUGCAGGCUUGUGUUGUUUCCUGGUUGUAUUCUCGUAUUCUAAUAUGUGGGAAUAUUGUGGCUAUCCCUAUACUUUCGGAGCUUUGCAUUUUCCGUGUCGUAAGCGCAAAUCAAUCUUUGGAAGAUAAUCAAAAUCAAGAUCUGAUAAAAGAAAGAAGUAACAGUGUUUGUCCUCAGUCUUCUGAAUCAAUGGACCAUCUGAAAGAAACUAUUUCUAUAAAUCAUGAAACAAAAGUAUACUUGCAUUUACCAAUGAAUUCUGCUUGUAAAACUCCCUACAGGAGCAGCUUGUCAUUUACACAAAUUGAGAAUGUGCAUGUGAAAAGUGUUAUGGCACAUGAGAUAACAAAAUUGGGUGGUCUGCAUAAAGAAUAUGCCGUUUUGAAGGACAUAAUUUUGUCAACCAUGAAGAAUGAUUUUUUGAGUCUUGGUUUACGACCAACAAAAGGAGUGCUUCUUCAUGGACCGACUGGGACAGGGAAGACCUCUUUGGCUCGAUUAUGUGCCCUUGAUGCUGGUGUCAACCUUCUCUCUGUGAAUGGACCUGAGAUUAUAAGUCAAUAUCAUGGAGAAAGUGAGCAGGCACUUCAUGAAGUUUUUGCUUCCGCCAGUCAAGGUGCACCUGCUGUGGUGUUCAUUGAUGAGUUGGAUUCUAUUGCACCAGCUCGGAAAGAUGGAGGUGAAGCACUAUCUCAAAGAAUGGUAGCUACAUUGUUGAAUUUAAUGGACGGGGUUAGUAGGACUGAUGGAGUAAUUAUAAUCGCUGCUACAAAUAGGCCUGAUAGCAUUGAGCCUGCACUGAGACGGCCUGGAAGACUUGAUAGGGAAAUUGAAAUAGGUGUUCCAUCUCCCAAGCAACGAUUAGAUAUUCUGAAUACUCUUCUCAGUCAAAGGGAGCACUCUCUUUCAGAUUUGCAGGUUCAACACCUUGCUGUGGCUACACAUGGCUUUGUGGGUGCGGACUUAGCUGCUCUCUGCAAUGAGGCGGCCUUAAUUUGUCUUCGACGUUAUGUCAAGUCCAGAAAGUCUAAUAAUUACUUGCAUUCCAUGGGAUCUCCUACUGUUGGUGAGUCUUAUCAUGAGAUUAUGUUGAACGGAUCUAGCGAGACAUGUGAAGAUUCUGUAUCGUCAAAUCUGCAAUCUUUGGCUGCUUCCUCGGAGAAUAGCCUUAGUACUAGCGAGGCAAUAUUGGUGGCAGAAGAAAGUAUCCUAAAAGUUGUAUUUGAGGAUUUUGAGAAGGCGAGGAUGAAAGUCAGGCCUAGUGCCAUGCGAGAGGUAAUACUUGAGGUUCCAAAAGUUAAUUGGGAAGAUGUAGGUGGCCAGAAGGAGGUAAAAGCUCAAUUGAUGGAAGCAGUGGAAUGGCCUCAAAAACAUCAGGAUGCAUUCCAACGCAUUGGUACACGUCCCCCAACAGGGGUACUGAUGUUUGGGCCUCCUGGCUGUAGCAAAACUCUCAUGGCACGUGCAGUAGCUUCUGAAGCUGGAUUAAAUUUCUUCGCGGUGAAGGGUCCAGAACUCUUUAGUAAAUGGGUUGGCGAAUCAGAGAAGGCUGUAAGAUCCCUCUUUGCAAAGGCCAGGGCCAAUGCACCAUCAAUCAUAUUUUUUGAUGAAAUUGAUGGUCUUGCUGUUAUUCGUGGGAAAGAAAAUGAUGGGGUUUCAGUUUCUGAUAGGGUUAUGACCCAACUUCUUGUUGAAUUGGAUGGUUUGCAUCAAAGGGUUAAUGUUACUGUUAUUGCUGCGACGAAUCGCCCGGACAAGAUUGAUCCUGCCCUUUUGAGACCAGGACGUUUUGAUCGUCUGCUAUAUGUUGGACCUCCAAAUGCAACCGAUAGGGAAGCCAUAUUUCGCAUCCAUUUGCGUAAAAUUCCAUGCAGUUCUGACGUCAGCAUAAAAGAGCUAUCUCAUCUUACCGAGGGAUGUACUGGAGCAGAUAUAUCAUUUAUUUGCCGGGAAGCAGCUAUGGCAGCCAUUGAGGAGUGUAUUGAUGCUUCAGAAGUAACGAUGAAACAUACAAGGACUGCAAUUAGACAAGCCAAGCCAUUGAACACAGAGUCUUAUAAUGAGCUAUCAGCUAAGUUUCAAAGGCUUGUCCACUCUAAUCAUAGACAAGAUUGUUUAGAAGAACCAAAGAGCUCAACUAGUUCAAACAGAUUUCACUUCUGGACAAUGAUGAAAUCUACCAUGCAGUUCUUGGUUCACUUCCUAGCUCCAGGCUCAAAAUCUACUUCAAGUGGGUAGACUCCAUCUGCUCUGAACAAAGCAAUUUCCUUUCAAAAGCAGCAUCGGGCAUUCAAUCUACUUACCCUCGUGCAGUGCAAAACUACCGAGUUUAUGCUUUGAAGUCUUUUGGUGAGUGAGAUCGCAUGUCACCAUUAACACUUGAUGAAAACACUGUUAGAUCAGAAUCCAGCUAAAGAUUCUUUUUAUGAAAUAGGAUCAGGAACUGCGUAGAGGAAGAACAAAAUAUUACUUAACCAUGUAUUUUUUGGUCCGUCCUUCAUGAUUGAGAGUGUAGAAAAUUUGAUAUGCAAAGUUCAAAUCUUGGUCUUUACAAAUUGUGGGUGUCGUGUAAAAUUCUGUCGUUUUCCAUUUGUUUCAUCCUUGUUUUCCA